CGCUCGGCAAUCACCGUCGCUGGCGCUGCUGUUCGUCUCCCCCACCGCUCUGGCCUUUUGGCUUUUUUUCUCAUCCUGCUUCCGAAGGCUUGCUUGGCUGCUGUUGCGCUGGUUCGCUCUCUCCCAUCGGCCAUCUGUUUGCCAAAAACCCUGCACCUCGUUCGCGCCGUCCCCCAGCACCUCUCGCACCCGCUGUCGCCCAUAGCUGCUGCUGCUGUUCUUCGUUUCGAGAUGUUUGCAUCCAAGGCAUCGACCGCCGUCGUGGCUCUCUGGCUCGGCGCAAUGGCCCAACCCUCGCUUCAGAGCACCGGAUGGGUCUCUGGCGAGGCCACCCACUACGGCCCCUUCCCACAGUACGAGGCCUGGUCCGAGCCCGGCUUCCAGCCCAACGCUGUCGGCGUCGGCUGUGCUUCCGGAUCCAACGACCCUCGGUGGAAGGCCAUCGUGGCCCAGGGCCUGCGCAAGAACCCGCCCUUCCCCGCCAACAAAAAAACUGUCUAUCCCAUCCGCAACCUCGUGGCCGUUUCCGAGGCUGUCUAUGGCGGUGCCAACAAGCAAAAGUACUGCUUCCAGAACGUUGCCAUCCGCAACAAGGCCAACGGCAAGUCCAUCACUGCUACCAUCGUCGACUUUUGCCCGGCAUCCGGAUGUCUGUGGAAGCACAGCGCCCUGGCCCACAACGUCGACAUCUACGGCGGCAGUGCCUGGGCUGCGCUGGGCGGACAGGCCCAGCAGGGCACCCUCGAGAUCGAAGUCAAGUGGCCGUCCGUGGGCAGCAGCAGAGUUGCCAACUAUGCCAUCAUCGGCAACGAGACGGAAUACGAAGACUCCGACAGCCUCUACAGCACCAGCGACGACAGCGACGAUAUCGGCUCCAGAAACGUCACCACGUCUGCUGUCGAGGAGGCUGUUCCGAGCCCGACCUCGGCUCCUGCUGCAGAAGAGACCUGGACCGCAGCCGUUCUGGCUGAUGAGGCCUCGGGCUCGUGGCAACAGUGUCCGGGCGGCCAACUGAGCCAGACCUAUGACUGCAAGCCCAACAGCCAGUGGGUCUGCGUGCUCGGUCGCUGCGAGUGCCAAAAAGAUUACACCUUCAACACAAACACCGGCAAUUGUGUCGAAGCUCAAGGCGUCGAUAACCUGCGCAUUGUGCCGAUUCUCCCGGGUCAGCACGGCUUCUAUGUGCACACUUCCAACUAGGGGGUGCUCGAAGAAAGCUGGGCGGCUAAAGGCCCUCCAGCUACGACCUCAGUAAGAGGAAAGGAGAGGGCAUCAUCAUCCGAUCGCCCGUUUCUACAGCACCUGCAAAAUGAACCAACCUGCUUUUAUAGCCAUAUGUGUGUGAGAGAAUACAGACAAAACCGUCGUCCU